GCUGUCGUCGAGCACAUCAUAGCCACCCAGAUGCAGCCACCGCAACAGCAGCAGCAGCAGCAUCCCUUCUCGUAUAUCUUCGUCGGCCGCCGCACCUUCUACCUCUUCAGCAGCAUCAAGGACAUCCUGCGGCUGAGGGCCACCUGCACGUGGCUGAGAGGCCUCUUCAGAGCGGCCCAGCUGAGAGAUCGGCUCCGCCACUCGCUGGGCUCACAGGCGGGGCUGCGGCGGGCGGUGAAUGGGCAGCAAGUGCAGCUGCUGCGGUUCGACGACGAGCAGUUCGGCACACAUGAUCUGCUGGCGGCUGUGUGUGUGGUGGAGGAGGGGGGCUGGGACGAGAUGGGCGAGGUGAUUGAGGUGGCGGGGCAGUGCGGCAGCUGUGACCUGCCUGUCAUCCUCACAGCCGAUGACAUCAACACACACGCAAACAAAACGGUGAGCCAGCAAAGAGAGGGGCGGGGAGGGGAGGGAGAGGGCCUCAUUCUCUCUGUCUGUCUGUGUGUCUGUGUGUGGUCGUGUGUGUAGGCGUAUGUGUCGGCUCCCCGUGUGUUGGCGCAGCUCAAGAUGGUCGGCCACCACAUCCACUUCAGUGACGACAGCUGCCUGCAGCUGUUCCAACACAAUGGUGAGGUGCGGGCAAUCAUCGACGAGCCCGGCUUCCGGCUGGAGGUCGACCCGCCCCUCCCUGCCGGCCACCUGUACCAGCAGCACCGACAGCCACACGACCCACCGGUGCGUGAGAGCAUCUACUACUCGACCGCCAACGCCGGAUGGGUGUCGAUCCCUGGCGCGUACCCCCAUGCGUCUGUGUCGUCGUUGGCCAAGUACAUGGUCCUCCACCACUUCAGCGAGACUCACCAGACCAAUGACACAUCGAUCACACUCAACAGGUAACACACCAACCACAUGGCACUGAAGGCAAGAGGGGAGCGCCGUUGAUUGUGUGUGUGUCUGUGUUUUGUUCAGGGUUGUCGGUGGCGGUCGUCUGGGCGACCUGCUGACCGAGUCGCCCCAUACACCAGUGGCCGGCUGCACCACGACACUCGGGCUGCACGGUGAUGAGCGACGGCUGGUGCUGACCAACAGCAGUCAUCCCUUCGUCGCAUGGAUUUGCAUCACCAGAUAAGCGAACAACACCGGUCAAAGUCACAGAGAGGGAGCUCUGCAUGUCAAUGUCAUCAGUGUUCUCCGUCCCCUUGUGUGCAGUCUGGGUUAGUGUCUACACGACUGAGGCGGCUGUGUGUGGUAGUGGUGCCUUCAAGCACCGCUUCCCGGUGACCACUCAGCUGGCUCGUAUGGUGUUGAGGGCGGUGGCGCCAUACGUCUUCGACGGACAAGUACAGCAACAGCAGCAACAGCAGCAACAGCAGGAUGAUGACGACGGUACGGACACACACACACAUGGAUGGAUGGAUGGAUGGAUGCCAGACGGGCGCUCUCUCUGUGUGGUCUGCAGAUUCCGACGAUGGCGAUGAGGGUGACGAUACGGAUGAGGGCAGCGAAGAGGGCAGCGGAGGUACGAAGGAACGCACCACAGCACAGAGGCCCUCAUGUCGACCUCCAUCACAUACAUACAUGUGUGUGUGUGUGUGUGUGUGUGUGGUGCCCUCGGCAGGUGACGGUGGCGAAGCUGAGGCGGAGAGCGGCGGUUGA